GAUUUCACACCUUGUACUUUUUGAUACAUUGAAAAAGUAUCAACUAACCACAAUUGCCUUUUUUCUCUUGGUUAAUGUGGCAGGAUAUCAUUCAUCAUGGAUGACUUAUUUGACGUCUUCGACGAUAAGCCCCAAACAGCUGCUCCCAACAGGCCUAAAAAGGCAAAGAAGGACAAGAAAGAUCGCAGCAAGAAGAGAAAUGCUAAUGGAGAUGUAAAGCCAAUUGCUGAUGCGCAAGAUGGGGAUGCUGAGAUGGUAGAUUCCGAGGAGCCAGCGGUGGAAGCAGAUGUUGAGGAAGAGGAUAUUGAAGAAGAAGAUGACGAAAUCAAAGAAGCAAAGAAGGACGCAAAGCGACGCAGAAAGGAUACAGAAGCCGAUCCGGUAGUUACAGAUACAUUCGAGACAGCACAAUCGCGAGAGCUAGCUGCUUCAGCAGGAUUACAAGGUGCCCCCGAAGAAACAGCAUUGGUUUUACAGCACAACAUCCAACAUCAAGUCUCUCUACCUCCCGAUUACGAAUACAUUCCAAUAUCACAGCAUAAAGCUCCUGCCGAACCCGCUAGAACUUGGCCUUUCGAAUUAGAUCCUUUCCAGAAAGUUGCUAUUGCAUCAAUUCAAAGAAACGAGAGUGUAUUAGUAUCGGCGCAUACUAGUGCAGGAAAAACUGUCACAGCAGAAUAUGCAAUUGCGCAGUGCCUCAAAAACAACCAGAGAGUCAUUUACACCAGUCCUAUUAAAGCUUUGAGCAACCAGAAAUAUCGAGAAUUUACUGCGGAUUUUGGAGAUGUUGGUUUAAUGACUGGAGAUGUUACAAUUAACCCAACCGCGACUUGUCUGGUCAUGACAACCGAGAUUUUAAGAUCUAUGUUGUAUCGAGGAUCCGAGAUUAUGCGUGAAGUCGCUUGGGUUGUCUUUGAUGAAAUUCAUUAUAUGAGAGAUAAAUCCAGAGGUGUGGUUUGGGAAGAAACGAUCAUCUUGCUACCAGACAAGGUCAGAUAUGUCUUUUUGUCUGCAACUAUUCCCAAUGCUAUGCAAUUUGCCGAAUGGAUCACGAAAACUCAUAACCAGCCAUGUCAUAUUGUUUACACCGAUUUCCGGCCUACCCCUCUACAACAUUACUUCUUCCCAGCUGGUGCAGAUGGUAUACAUUUGAUUGUUGAUGAGAAGGGAAACUUCAGGGAAGAUAACUUUUCAAAGGCUAUGGCAACAAUAGAGGAUAAGAAAGGGUCUGAUCCAGCAGAUAUCAACGCAAAACAGAAGGGACGUGGCAAAGAUAAGAAGACCAAUAAAGGUGCCAACAAGGAAGGUUCGGAUAUUUACAAGAUUGUCCGAAUGAUCAUGUUGAAGCAUUACAAUCCUGUUAUCGUUUUCAGUUUCAGUAAGAGAGAGUGCGAGGCAUAUGCACUACAGAUGAGCUCCAUGGCUUUCAACGACCAAUCCGAAAAAGACAUGGUUUCGAAGGUCUUUGAGAGUGCAAUUGAGUCUCUCUCAGAAGAGGAUAGGACCUUACCGCAAAUUCAACAUAUCUUGCCAUUGUUGAGACGUGGUAUUGGUGUGCAUCAUUCUGGACUUCUUCCUAUUCUCAAGGAAACUAUCGAAAUUUUGUUUCAAGAGAAUUUGAUCAAGGUCCUUUUUGCUACAGAGACUUUCUCCAUUGGUUUGAAUAUGCCUGCCAAGACUGUAGUAUUCACGAGUGUUGAGAAGUUUGAUGGCGAAAAAAUGCGAUACCUGACGCCAUCUGAGUUCGUGCAAAUGUCAGGUCGUGCCGGUCGUCGUGGUCUUGAUGAUAGAGGUAUUGUCAUUAUGAUGAUCAACGACAAAAUGGAACCAGAGAGCGCCAAGACGAUUGUACGUGGAGAGCAGGAUAAGCUCAACUCAGCUUUCUACCUUGGUUAUAACAUGAUUCUUAACUUGAUGCGUCUGGAAGGAAUCUCACCAGAGUUUAUGUUGGAACAUUGUUUCUACCAAUUCCAGAACACUUCAAGUGUUACUGGUCUCGAAAAGGAACUUCAAGACUUGCAAAUUGCGAGGGAUGAAGUUCAAAUUCCGGAUGAAGCAACCAUUAAGGAUUACUACGAUCUUCGACAACAGCUUACUACAUAUACCAAGGACAUGCGUGAUGUCAUCAACCACCCCAACUACUGUCUCCAAUUCAUGCAACCAGGGCGGGUUGUUCACAUCAAACAUCAAGAUCAUGAUUUCGGCUGGGGAGCAGUUGUGAAGUUUACAGCUCGACGACCUGGUAAAGGAUCUGCUCAAGAAUUCCCCCCACAACAAGCAUACAUCCUUGAUGUGCUUCUGCUAGUUUCUUCGGACAGCACAGUUACUACACAAACACAAAACGACCUGCCAUUAGGUAUCAUGCCACCCGCUGCAGGCGACAAAGGCAAGAUGGAAAUUGUUCCAGUACUUCUAUCAUGUGUCGAAGCUAUUGGACAUGUCCGUAUAUUCCUUCCAAAAGACCUCCACCCAGCCAAUGAACGAAACCAAGUACGCAAAUCUCUCGAGGAAGUUAAGCGUCGCUUCCCAGAUGGCAUCGCAGUGCUCGACCCAAUCGAGAACAUGGGCAUUACAGAUGAUUCCUUCAAGAGACUUCUUCGCAAGAUUGAAGUUCUUGAAUCUCGUCUACUCUCCAAUCCUCUCCACAACUCACCCCGUCUCCCAGAUCUCUACAACCAAUAUGCUGGCAAACUCGAAUUUACCAAACAAAUUAAAGAAAAGCGCAAGGCUAUUGCUUCCGCAUUGAGCAUCAUGCAACUCGAUGAACUGAAAUCACGCAAACGUGUUCUUCGUCGUCUCGGCUUCAUUAACGAACAAGAAGUCGUCGAACUAAAGGCUCGUGUUGCAUGUGAAAUCUCAUCCACGGGUGAUGGUCACGAGCUUCUUCUCUCCGAGCUCCUUUUCAAUGGUUACUUCAACGACUUAACUCCGGAAAUGUGCGCAGCCGUUCUUUCGGUUUUCAUUUUCGAAGAAAAGAGUCAAUGUCCUCCACUUAAAGAGGAAUUGGCUGCUAAAUACAGAGAAAUCCAAGCUCAAGCUAGGAUUGUCGCAAAGGUUACUGCGGAGAGUAAAUUAAAAAUGAACGAAGAAGAAUACGUGACUAGUUUCAAGUGGCAACUCAUGGAGGUUGUUUACGUUUGGGCGCAAGGAAAGAGUUUUGCAGAAAUCUGUAAAAUGACCGACGUCUACGAAGGAUCUUUGAUCCGACUGUUCCGUCGUCUCGAAGAACUUCUCCGACAAAUGGCGCAAGCAGGAAAAGUCAUGGGUUCUGAUGACAUUUCGAAUAAAUUCGACGAGUCGCUUAAGAAAAUCAGGAGAGAUAUUGUUGCGGCGCAAAGUUUGUAUUUGUAGACUCAUUUCGACGUACUCAUUACGCAAAUACUUUGCGGGAAAACAUUCAUGGUGCUUGGGAGAGGACAAGAAUGUUUCACUCUAUUCAGUUUCUAGCUUCUAGCUUUGAAAGUUGGAAGGAGAUGAGAUGGGAUGAGAUGAUCUCCUCGUUACGUUUUAAUUCGAUUGCUGUGGUGUGUAAGACGAUGGUCGCUUUUCUUUCUCCGUUUCCCGUUUCUUGACGGGCUUUGUGAAUCCAGAAUCCAGAAUUCUGAAUAUCGAGUUCCGCAUUACGAAUGUUUCAUCGCAAUGGAGUAUGGAUUUACAUUUGAUUCUUUUUUUUAUAUUCUUUUUUCCGAAUAAAAAUGCAUACAGGUAUGGUGAAUGGAGUAUCUAUCCUUUUUGGCCUUUUUUUUUUUUGCAUUGGAGGGUUUCCUGUCGGGGAAAUUAGUAGAUCGGGGGGGCAAGGGGACAGGUGGCGGGUGUGGGUAUGCAGAAUACGUGUCUAUUGUGGUGGUGGUUCUUCAUAAGUCGAGAAGGGAGGAUAGAUUUUGAAUGGAUGGAAGGUAGGAAGAUAGGAAGGAGAGAAGGAAGGAGAGAAGCAGAGAGAGAGAGAGAGAGAAAAGUCUUUGAAGUAUAAAUAUAAAUAAAUACUAAAGCCAAAUGGUACGCGAAAGGGGAGGGGAAUAAUAUCUACAUGUUUAUAUAUCUACCUCCCUGCCCACCUAUCCUCUAUCCCCCUAUUCCCUAUCCUCUCUCGUCUCUCGUCUCUCGUCUCUCAUCGAUAGGAUACAGAAGGAGAAGAAACAGGAAAGAAAAGAAAAUUUGUAAUGAUCCGCCUACCUACCUACCCACCCACUAUCGAGACGAGAAUGAGAAUGAGAAUAAGAAACCAAGAAUAAAAAAUCAAAAACUUUGUGGAUUUUUGUGAAUUUGAUGAUGUUUUGGAUUCUGGAUUCGUAUGGCUAUGUAUGGCUGACGUACGUGAAUGAGUCGGUGGGUGGCUUUGAUAUUUUGAUUGCA